GGCGACAUUAAUAACUCCUAAACUUCAGUCACAGUACAAAUGAUGCUACAUUCUACAUCAAUAGACCAAUAUGUGCUUUUUAAGGUUAUGUAUGUGUGACAAGUACUUGACAACUCCUGCGGGUGAUAUAACAGCAAUAAAAGGAAAUAUAAAAUGAAUUCUGCCAUAACAAAAAUAUUUUCAGUUGCAAAGACUGGGUCACGAUAUGUUAGGCCCAGCGCUCAACUAAUCAACCAAAGGUACAUUGGGAGCCCUCCAAAAGAUGGGUAUAUCUACGUUAACGAUAAAGACCCCAGUAUGGACCUGAAUGACAUAACAGAUCGUGCCGCACAAACCAUAUUUUUCACCGAGUUGAUUCGAGGUUUUGGUGUUACACUGGCGCAAAUCUUCAAAGAACCAGCAACCAUCAACUAUCCAUUUGAAAAAGGACCUUUGAGUCCUAGAUUCCGAGGUGAACAUGCUUUGAGGCGGUACCCUUCUGGAGAAGAACGCUGCAUUGCUUGCAAGCUUUGUGAAGCCAUUUGCCCGGCACAGCAGGCUAUUACCAUUGAAGCUGAAGAACGUGCCGAUGGAUCUAGGCGAACCACAAGAUAUGACAUUGACAUGACAAAGUGCAUUUACUGUGGAUUUUGCCAGGAGGCAUGUCCAGUAGAUGCUAUUGUGGAAGGACCUAACUUUGAGUUCUCUACUGAGACCCAUGAGGAACUUCUGUACAAUAAAGAAAAACUUUUGAACAAUGGAGAUAAAUGGGAGUCUGAAAUUGCUGCUAACAUUCAUGCAGACCAUUUGUAUCGUUGAGCCUUGUAGGUGGUAUAUAUUUUAGUUUAAUGUACAUUUUUGUUAUUAAAUAAAAUGGAUAUAAAAAAUGUUAUUUAUUGUCUUUCAAAUAAAU